GUUGACUGCUGGUCCUGAAAUCAGCUCAGAGCUCGGAUACAAAACCAAGAGCGUCGCUGUUUUAGCGGCUUAGUUCUCCCGCAUCUGUUCCACUACACCUUCUGCUGUGCGCCAGAACAUUUAUCAUUCACUGACUGUGGCACGUUUAGAACUGCAACUUAUUAAAAGCACAGAGACAACUUGGAUAACGCUCUUACUUUUCCCUGCCCACCUUCCUGUCUUGCUGUGACUGGUGUCAAAGGUGAUGGUAUCAUUUUCUAAGAGAGGACUCCUCAGGUGAUGGUCUGUCUUUUUGUAGAUAGUGACCGCUUUUGGAAACGUUCUAGGUUUUCCACUACUAUUAGUUUUUCUGCUGCUACCUUCGCUUUGGCUCAAGCAUGGCUCUAUACUCUGGGUUUGUGGUCGUACUACUUUACGGAUGGAGUUAUAUGUGCGUUGGAUACUGCGCGAUGCUGAAAACGGACAGUUUCCCCGACAGACGAAAGGUGGAUUUUACGCAUUCGGAGGAUAAAGAGCACCCUGCUAAAGACGACCAGGAUCUGCUUUUACAGGAUACAAUGACGGAACACAUGCAGAUGCUUUACGCGAAGUACAACCGUGCUGGAUUUCCAUUCAAGGACGGCAACACUGUCCGCAGUUUCAAAGCGCACUGGGGUACAAUAAACAAGAAGCAGCUGCAGAUUUUUAACCUCACCUCCCUCACCAAGUCAGAAGACGUUCUGUCUGCCACUCUUCAUUAUUACAUUGGAGACCUUCAGAACAGCACCCAGGGCUGCUCCAGGUCCAAAAGCUGUGGACGCCACGGCCCCCGGAGGCACAACCACAUCCACAUGGUCAUCUGGAGUUUUGCUUCUGUAGAUAACAAGAUAAGGACUCUAGGACACUUUCAGAUCAAUGUGUCGACCCUCUACAGGGACUUCAUAUCUUGGCAGUGGAAGGACGUUACUCGUGUGGUCAACCAGGCCAAACACCACGACGAGCUGCUUAUUGGGAUCGAUGUGGCCUCCCAAGGGCCCCAGCAAUGGAAGAAGCUCCUGUCUGACCGCUCACCCUACAUCCUGGUCUACGCCAAUGACUCUGCCAUUUCAGAGCCUGAAAGUGUGGUAGCCACCCUCCAGAGACACCACUCAGUUGGAGGGGAAGGCUCCAUUUCACACAGCUUCCAAAAACUGGGACUGCGUGAGCGAAACAACACUGAACAAGAACAGCCGCAGCCCAGACACAAGCGCUCGGUGAACGUUCUGCUCCCAUUGCAAAACAACGAACUUCCCGGGCACGAGUAUCCGUACAAGACGACCGGUUGGGAUGAGACGAGUCCAUACGAACCUUUUGAAAAUAAGCAGCCUCGUCGGCCACGUAAAAAGACACGCAAGAAUCAGCGGCACAAGAUGCCCCUGCUGCAGUUUGAUGAGCAGACGAUCAAAAAGGCGCGAAAGAAGCAGUGGAACGAGCCCAGGAACUGCGCUCGGAGAUACCUGAAAGUGGACUUUGCUGACAUUGGAUGGAGUGAAUGGAUUAUAUCACCCAAGUCGUUUGAUGCUUACUACUGCUCAGGGUCCUGCCAAUUCCCCAUGCCAAAGGCUCUGAAGCCCUCUAACCAUGCCACCAUCCAGAGCAUAGUGCGGGCGGUGGGCGUCGUACCUGGCAUCCCCGAGCCGUGCUGUGUCCCAGAGAAGAUGUCUUCCCUCAGCAUCCUCUUCUUUGACGAGGACAAGAAUGUGGUGCUGAAAGUCUACCCCAAUAUGACUGUAGAUUCUUGUGCCUGUAGAUAGAUGUUUUUGUCCUUCAAUGCCUGUUCACAAAAAACUCACGUCAUACAGAGAAAGAAAAAAAAAAAGUCAACACAUGCAGCCAAAACUCUCUCCUCCUGUCCCUUAAGUCUUACACUCUUUCACUCACAAACACCCAUUGAACACAACUUCCCUUUUGCACUGGAGGAGAGUACAGCCUGUUGUUCCAGGUGAAGAGAAAACUGGUCAUGGGAAGGAAUGGAUCGUGUGAGUCACCCUCGUGAAAGAUAAUUGGAAUGGAAAGUCAAAUCUCCAUGCUCCGAUUUCACCACCACUGUUUAUCUUUAUGUCUUAAUCAUUGCUGCUCAGUUAUGUUGGGCGAGAGCAGGGUGACUAUGAAUCAUAAACUCACUAUCAAGAUAUACAAAUACUGAUCGAGGCAUAAGAGAGACAAGAAUUGAAGGAAAAAUCACUUUUCAGGAUAAAUGAUCUCAGUUUGAACUGAUGCCUCUGAGGGAGGGGGGAUCAUUCUCAUCUUUCUCUCCUUCAUAGCUUGAAGUUGUCUGUUGUCAUUACCACCAAGUCACCUAUGCUCGCACUUGCAUGGUUUUUGUUACUAUUUGUAUGUAUUUAUGUCUGUACUGUACUAUCACUGUGUUAUUCACUAUAUGAGAAGUUAAUGUAUAAUUAUUGGCUUGGCUGCUAUAGAGAGAUAUAUUAGAUUCCAAAGCCAGAAUUGUGACGUAGACGGUACAGUAGAUAGCCGUACAUAUUUGUGUUUAGAUCACUGCUCCAUUAUUGUACAGUACAAAACCCACAUUUUAAGAGUUUAUUAUAUGAGGAAGUGUAAGCUACUUUUCAUUUGUGGUCUUCAUUAACAGUUGGAAUGGGAAGUUUUGGAGGAGACCCAAAAUACCAUUGUUUCACCAAGAAGAUGUUUUGCAAGUAAACUUCAGAUUUGAUUUGGAAAGAUAAAGCAAUACAGCAUAUCAAAAGAAGAAAGGACUACAUUGAACAAGGACUAUCAGCAUCUGUUUUUGACAAGUGUAAAACCACAAGACUCUAAAAGCCAAUUGAUGUGUGGAAUUUUGAAAGCCUUGUUGGACCUGAUAAGCUCAGAAAGAAAUCUAAUAAGUCGUGGCAGGCAUACAAGUUUAAUACUAAUGGUUUCAAUGGACUGAUAUCAGGCUGAACCUAUUUGUUUUUGGCAUUGUUGAAGUUCCGAACAUGUUGCCAUUACAUUCUGUUUAAAAGUAUGUAUCGUAUUUACAGCAUAGAAUGACAUGUAUUAAGAAAAACUAUUAUAAACUGCCAGAUGCUUCUAGAAAUCUGUUUUAAUCAACUAAGAUAUCAAUAACGUCAGUAUCAAGUAAAUAUACACUGCUGGUCUGGAAUCAGUUUUGGUUUACAUAUCCUAAAGGCUCAUCAUUUUUGUUUUUUUCUGCCAAUUUUCUUUGAAUAAAACUGGAUUUCUUUUAAAGGUUGAGAUGGAUCGAAAACACUAUUGUGUUUUCAUCUCCAAGAAAAAACUGGGAACUAUAGUUGACAGUAAACAGGGUCCUCUGGUUGCAACCCUAGAAAUAAAAUGAGCAGUGCAUUAUGCGCAAGUUCCUCAAAGUAAUUCAAAAUUGUGCUUCUGGGAUUUUAUUAUCCAGUUUUCACCCAGAUUUUCUCAUGAGAUCUUCAAAUUCCCCCUUUAAAAUAAAAACCAAAAAUGGUGAGCACUACAUAUAAUAUAUUGAAUGGUCAGGGAGAUCUGGUCUGUUUUCCUGGGUCACAUAAGCAUUUAAUAUUAGAGAGAAGAGUUUACAUAAAUCAUUAUUACUUUGCGUCAGGUCAACAUUGAACAACAGGCACACCUGGAAGAGCAGUUGACAUGUCGUAACGUUGGCUUGGGUUGUUUAUUAUUGUCAGAGUUCAAAAAACUAAAUAUUUAUUCAGAGCAAAUAGACUGAAAAUAUAGCAGCAAACCUUUUUUCUAUACACUUGUACAUUGUUUUUGUAUAUAGCUCACCAUAUGUUGAUGACAUUCUAAUGUCUCUUUGAGAUAGAAGUGCCUUUUGAAAUGGGUGGACUUCUGCUUUGCAAAAAGGUUUGAUUUGAUUCAUCGCCUGUUCAGAGGGUCUCGGUUGUUCAGAGAACUGAGCUCAGUUUGCAAUGAAGUCAAAGCAAGCAGCUGGGAAUAGUUUUUUUUAAUGGUACAAAAUAGUCUACAGUGAGUGAACAUAGUGCAUUUUCUUUUGAUAAGUAUGGAGAAUUUACUCUAAAAUGUAUUUCAAAUAAUUCACUAUUUUGAUAUUUCAGAGACAUUUGUUUAUUGUCAAUAGCUAAGGGCAGAUUUUUUUAACUUUAUAUAUUUUGUACUGACACCUUUUUCCAGUUUGUGCUUCCUCAUCUUGUGCCAAUACAGAUUGUAUCAGUGCAUGCUGUAGAAUGGAGUGGCUCUCCUCUGGUUGUGCCAGUACAACAUUGCAGACAUGACUAUCGCUGACAAGUCAUUUUUGGGGCCUUUCCUUGUGCUGCAUUCGAGACUGGACCCGUUUCUAAACUUCACUGAUGUCUUUUGGAGUGCAAAAAUCAAAGAGACUUGGAUACAGUACAGUAUAUCAGCAGUUUUUAAGAGCUUACUCCUCUUCACUGUUCAAUCCUAUUUUGUAAAUGUUUUGCUGUAGGUAAAAAAAGAAAUGCUUGUACAAUAAGCUUCAUAAAAUAUAUUUGUAUAUGGAAAUGACCUUUAACAUGCAUCUAUUUAUUUUCUGUAUGUUGCAUAUCUUGUACAGGUGUGGUCUGGGAAAGGGGGACCAAAACUCUGACAUGUCAAUGGUCUUUAUAUCUGUGAUGGACAUUUGUCACUACUAAAGACCCCCCCCCCCCCACC